AUGGGGUUCCGAAAAUGCGUCCUGGACGUGUUGGAGGAAGUGUCGAGACGGCUUGUGCGAGACUGGUACGUGGACUCGUUCAAGGACAUCUCCCAGUUUCCGGCCAUUGAGAACGCCAGAGAAGAGAUGCGCUUCACAGAGCUCCUAGAUCAGGUGCGGAUGCGGCACAACAACGUGAUGCCGACGGUGGCGAUGGGAGUGAGCGAGCUGAAGAGGGACAUGGUGGCGGGCAGCACGAGGCAGGGGCUCGACAGCAUGCCCGAAAUCCACCAGUUCCUGGAUCGCUUCUACAUGUCGCGGAUAGGCAUUCGUAUGCUCAUUGGCCAACACGUCGCGCUUCAUAAACCGUCGCCGCCGCCUCACUAUAUAGGUCUGAUCUGCACCAAGGUGUCGCCAGUGGAGGUGGCACGGAACGCAGUGGACGAUGCGCGGUCAGCAUGCAUGCGCACAUACGGCUCUGCCCCUGACGUGCACAUCUAUGGCGACCCUGACCUCAGAUUCGCGUACGUGCCAGCCCAUCUGCACCAGAUGCUGUUUGAGCUGGUGAAGAACUCGCUGCGUGCCGUGCAGGAGAGAUUCGCUGAUGCUGACCAUGACCCGCCGCCCAUCCGCCUGAUUGUGGCUGAUGGCAUGGAGGAUGUCACCAUCAAGAUCUCGGAUGAGGGUGGGGGAAUUCCGCGCAGUGGGCUACCAAAGAUCUGGACAUACCUUUACACCACGGCCCACUCGCCCAUCGCUGCUGCCAACCAGCUGCACGAGAUGCCCACCGUCAUGGCGGGGUAUGGGUACGGGCUGCCCAUCAGUCGGCUGUAUGCGCGCUACUUUGGAGGCGACCUGCAGGUGGUGUCCAUGGAGGGCUAUGGCACUGACGUGUAUCUGCACCUCAACCGCCUUCGGAACGUGCAGGAGCCUCUGCCUUAG